AAUCGCAAAGCCAAUCAUUCUCUCCUUCUCUCUCCUUCAAAUUUUCGUACAAAAUCCCCAUCCAAAACCCACUAAAGAGUGAGGAAUUUUGUAGAAUAAAGUUGGGUUCUUCCUCAAAAACCCAAUUCCUCUCCUUUCUUUCUCUACUUUUCCUUUCCUUUUUAAAACUUGAAAUCGAAAGCCGACGCGAAAGCGCGUUUUUUAGUAGCUGUGAAGCAGAUUAAACGCCUAUCGUCAUUAUCGUCUUCUUCUUCUUCUUCUUCUUUUUCUUCAGUAGUAAUACGCAUACUGACAUUCUGCAGAUUUAUUGCUGCUACUGCUCAACUCCCUAAUGACGUAUUGUCUAAGAAAAAGAGUGUUUUUUCAUCUUUUCCUUUUCCAGACGGUAGAUCUGCGCCUCUGAGAUACUCACAGAACUUCACAGCAAAUUUCGCAUUCAACAGGGUUGAAGUUCGAAUUCGAAGUUUUCUUAAAAAGUCCCCCAUCGGAAAGGAAGCAAACGACGAAAGCUCCGUGAAACUACGAUCACAAAAAUGGGAAAAUCCGGUACAACGACAGGAAGAGACUGGAACCAGAUCUACUCGAUCUACGGCCUGGACCAAUGGCAGACCGUUCUUUUCCUUCUCUUUCAUGGUGUUCUGUUCACUGCACUUUCGGUGCUUUAUCUCGCUUACUUUAACCCAAUCGUCGCAGUUUUCGAGCGGCUCCUCUUUCCCGGCGGCGCCGCAGCAAGAUUCGCCGCCGGAUUCACCGGCUCCGUCGCGGCGAUCUCCGCCAUCUGCCUAUUCUUCGCCGCCGCCAACUUCCUCCACUCCUCCCUCCUCCUCCACCACGACAUGGCCCAGAGAAUGGUCAACUCGGUCAACGACUGGUCAACGGUCAAACUCGCCCUGGACUUGGGCUGCGGCCGGGGGAUUCUCUUGAACGCGGUGGCGACCCAAUUAAAAAAGGGAGGGAGUUCGGGCAGGGUUGUGGGCCUGGAUCGGUCCAAGCGGCCGACGCUCUCGACACUCCGGACGGCCCAUUUGGAGGGCGUCGGCGAGUACGUCACGUGCCGUGAGGGCGACGCGCGGCGGCUGCCGUUCGGGGAUAACUAUUUUGAUGUUGUCGUGUCGGCGGUUUUCGUCCACACUGUCGGGAAGGAGCACGGGCAGAAGACGGCGGCGGCGGCGGCGGAGAGGAUGAGGGCGGUGGGGGAGCUCGUGAGGGUGCUGAAGCCGGACGGGUACGGCGUCGUUUGGGAUUUGCUGCACGUGCCGGAAUACGUGCGGCGGCUGCAGGAGCUGAAGAUGGAGGACAUUAGGGUGUCGGAGCGCGUGACGGCGUUCAUGGUCACCAGCCACAUCGUCUCCUUCCGGAAGCCGAGUCAGCACGUCGCGGGCCCCGGCGAGGUCAGGCUAGACUGGAGAUGCUGAUGAUGUGGAGCCCACGUGGAAAUUGAUACCUUAUCAAUAUAAAAUAUAAGAGAAAAUGAAAACUAUAUAUACUCUUGGU